GAAAAGGUAAUUUGAAUGAAACUUAAAUAAAGGUGUAUGCUUAAGAUUAAUGAAUCAAUUCGAAUAAGCACUAGAAUGGUACGAAAAAGCUUUGGCCAUAGAUCCAUAGAAUGUGUAUUCAUUAUUUGGAAAAGGUAAUUUGAAUGAAACUUAAAUAAAGGUGUAUGCUUAAGAUUAAUGAAUCAAUUCGAAUAAGCACUAGAAUGGUACGAAAAAGCUUUGGCCAUAGAUUCAUAACAUGUGAAUUCAUUAUAUGGAAAAGGUAAUUUGAAUGAAACUUAAUUAAAGGUGAUUGCCUAAGAUUAAUGAAUCAAUUAGAAUAAGCACUAGAAUGGUACGAAAAAGCUUUGGCCAUAAAUAGUUAGCAUGCGUAUUCAUUAUAUGAAAAAGGUCAUCUUAAUUUAUUAUCUUUUAGCUUUUAUUUUAUUAGAAUAUAACUAUUACCAAAAUGCUUAUUCAUUGUUUAAUUAAGCAAUAUAAAUCAUGCCACAUAAAUAAAUAAAUGAUGAAUUUUUAGGUAAUUCUUUUAACAUUAUUAGCCUAAUUUUGCCUAAGAUCAUGA